AUGAGGGACUUUACCCAGACUACUGCUCUUACUAACAAUGUGCCAAUUGAUUGCCAUCAUCGGAGCAGUGACAAGCGCGUGGCUAUAGUAGGUGGAGGCUUUAGUGGGUGUUCAACUGCCUAUUUUCUGCGACAAUUUCUCGAAAAAGCAGUGUCCAUCACAGUUUUUGAGAAGUCCGAUCGAUUGGGUGGUCGUGUUCGGUCAACUAGUGUCGAAGGUGAAGACGAGCUGUUUGAAACGGGUGGUGCGAUCUACACUAGCAACAAUAAAUACAUGAAUAUGUUUGUCAAUCAAUUUGGCUUGGUGGCGCAUCGUCACACGCCACCGGACGAAGCGUUGUCUCUGUAUAGGGGCCGCCUGCAUCCCUGUGCUUUCAGUAGCAACGCGGGGCCUCUCUUCAUCAAUCGCUUGCGCUUUGCUAUCCUAUAUGGUACUGACCUUGUGCGCUUUCGCCUAGCAAUUGCGAGCUAUCGCCGCACCUUCGAUCGAAUAUACGAUUUGCAGAAAAAGGGUGUGUCGUUUGACUCUCCCGUCGCCAUGCUUGGGGCUCUCUCUCCGGUAUUCCCGAGAAUGCUGAGGUCAACUUUUGACGCUUGGUUGGAGCGGCGUCUCAAAUUAUCGGAUCGUUUCUGCAAGGAGGUUGUUUAUGGCUUAGUGUCGAAUUGUUAUUGCUCUGAUCUCACUCUUCACGCGUUUGCUGGUAUGACUUCUGUGAGCGGGUUCGGUGCCGAGCUCUUCUCUGUUGUUGGUGGGAAUGAGAAGGUGGCUCAAAAGCUCUGUGAGGCUGCUCUCCGAUCGAACCCGUCGGAUAUUUCUCGGAAAGUUUCGCUUAGAACCACGGUCACUAAGCUUUCCAGAGGCUUGAAACGAAGAUUUCUAGUGACAUACGAAAAUGAUGGUGUUGAGAGGAGCGAGGAAUUUGACUUCGUGGUCCUAGCCUUCCCCAUACACGAGAAGGCUUCAGCAGUACCGCAAGCUGAUGGUGAUCUCAUAAAGUACCUACCUCCGAGGAGAAAGUACAUUGAAGUGGAUUUGACUCAUUUUCGUGGCGAAUUAGAAGCCAAGGAGUUUGGCCUUCCUGCUGAGAAGCUGGAGUGUGGAGGAAGCAAAGGAGUGACAAUCCUGCCAACGUACGAGGGCUAUGAGGUAGAGAAAAGUACACUGUUCAAGUACCUUGGUCGAGCAUGGUCCACAUCGGUUCGAAACAUUGGGAACUCGAGGACGGGUAUGGGCUGUUGGUCGGCCUUCUCGCUCCCACAAAGAACGCCUGACCCGGGAGUACAACUGCUAAAGAACUAUGCUAAGUCUCCUGCCAUUCUCAUAAACUCCUCACGAUGGUUCGCCUACCCCAUUUUCUCUGUCGCCCAAAGUGAUCUGGAGAAAGCGCAUGGGAAAAUUCUUCUGACUGAUGGCCUUAUUUACGUCAACUCGCUGGAAAGUCUUGCAUCCAAUAUGGAAAUGGCUCUCAUCGGCGGUUGCAAUGCUGCUCUUCUGAUUGCCCAUAGUGAGGACUUCAGAACUGUUGAUUAG